AACAAUCUAUGCAUUUAUUACAGUAAUAGAUAAUACCCUUCAUAUCAUGUAAUAGACCACUUAAUAGUAACCAAAAUAUGUACUAACUUACCUGUUUAGUAAGAAUAUAUUAGCAACUUUGAAAGAUGAAAUUAAUAAAAUCUGUAAAAUGAGAAAACACACAAAUUGAAAAGCAACUUGAUAACAACUCAGCAAACACUACAGUUGAAGUUUAAACAUAUUAUCUAUGCACAAAAAAUGGAUAAUGAAAAGCAGUAACACGCGAAAAAUAAAAUAAUAGCCGAACCUCCCUGCUUCGAGACGGUCCGAAGGAAGCCAAACAGAGACCGUGACAGCGUCCAGGUGGCAGCCAGACAGAUAGGAACACGUCCCUUCCCGGCCUGCCUUUAGCUCAGCACUCUUCAGCACCUCAGCAUAGCAGCCAUCAUGCACACCUUCCUCUCCCGUGUGAAUGCUGUGAGCGCCUUCAGCCUCAGCACACUGGCGGCGCUCACAUUUGGGUGCUUCGCCUCGACGUUCCUCAAGAAUUACAGCGCGCCUGUCUCCAUCACUGCUGCCAAUAUUGUGCUGAAGAAUGUGCCGGAGUAUGCAGUGUCUCGGGAGAAGAAUGACCUUGGAGCGCUGCGUUUUGACAUGAACUCUGACCUCACCCCGCUCUUCAACUGGAACACCAAGCAACUCUUCCUCUACCUGGUGGCUGAGUACGAGACACAGAACAACAAGGUUAACCAGGUUGUGUUAUGGGACAAAAUCAUUCGACGUGGAGAAGCCUCUGUCGUGUCACUGAAGAACCAACAUCUCAAGUAUUAUUUCUGGGACGAUGGGAAUGGCCUGCUGGGUCACAAGAACGUCUCCCUCUCUCUCUCCUGGAACAUCAUCCCCAUUGCUGGCACUCUUCCCUUGUGGAGUGGCAGUGGGUCGUACCGCCUCACCUUCCCUGCUGAGUACACACAGGGAAGGAGCUCUUACUAAAGGGCUAGAGGUGGUGGUGGUGGUGGUGGUGGUGAUUUGAAUGUAGAGGGAGUGUUUCUUUCAUUCUCUCUCUUUCUCUCUCUCUCUCUCUCUCUCUCUCUAAUAAUUUCUUU